CACCGCCUGCUGCGGGAGCGGCAGAAGGCGAUGCUGGAGGAGCUGGAGGCCGACACGGCGCGGACGCUGACGGACAUCGAGCAGAAGAUCCAGCGCUACAGCCAGCAGCUCCGCAGGGUGCAGGAGGGCAGUCAGAUCCUGCAGGAGCGCCUGGCAGAGGCCGACAAGCAUGUCUUCCUGGCCGGCGUCGCCUCCCUCUCUGAGAGGCUGAAGGGGAAGAUCCAUGAGACCAACCUGACCUAUGAGGACUUUCCCACCUCCAAGUACAUGGGCCCUCUGCAGUACACCAUCUGGAAAUCCCUCUUCCAGGACAUCCAUCCUGUGCCCGCAGCCCUGACGCUGGACCCCGGCACCGCUCACCACCGCCUGAUCCUCUCGGACGACUGCACCAUCGUGGCCUAUGGCAACCUGCACCCCCAGCCCCUGCAGGACUCCCCCAAACGCUUCGACGUGGAGGUCUCGGUGCUGGGUGCCCAGGCCUUCUCCGGCGGCGUCCACUACUGGGAGGUGGUGGUGUCUGAGAAGACCCAGUGGAUGAUCGGCCUGGCCCACGAAGCCGUCACCCGCAAGGGCAGCAUCCAGAUCCAGCCCAGCAGGGGCUUCUACUGCAUCGUCAUGCACGACGGGAACCAGUACAGCGCCUGCACCCAGCCCUGGACACGGCUCAACGUCAAGAGCAAGCUGGAGAAGGUGGGGGUCUUCCUGGACUAUGACAAGGGGCUCCUCAUCUUCUACAACGCCGACGACAUGUCCUGGCUCUACACCUUCCGGGAGCGCUUCCCUGGCAAGCUCUGCUCCUACUUCAGCCCCGGGCAGAGUCACGCCAACGGCAAGAACGUCCAGCCCCUCCGCAUCAACACUGUCCGCAUCUAA